CAACACCCCGCAGGCCGGCUCGAAACCCUACUAUUACCUUCCACGAGACAUCUUCACCUGCCAGAGAACCUCCACGACUUUCCAACACGCCGCGCAAGAUGGCUCCGCAGAAGGAGAAUUCCGGCGAGCACUAUGGCAAGAUCUAUUCCGUCUCCGGGCCCGUCGUGGUUGCCGAGGACAUGAUUGGCGUGGCUAUGUACGAACUGGUUAAAGUGGGCAACGACCAGCUAGUCGGAGAAGUCAUUCGGAUUAGCGGCGACCAGGCCACCAUUCAGGUGUACGAGGAGACAGCCGGUGUCAUGGUUGGUGAUCCUGUCCUGCGGACGGGUAAGCCACUCUCCGUCGAGCUCGGCCCUGGUCUGCUCAACGGAAUUUACGACGGUAUCCAGAGACCCCUCGCCAAGAUCUCCGACAUUGCCAAGAGCAUCUACAUCCCUCGUGGCAUUGCUGCCAACGCCCUCGACCGUGAGAAGAAGUGGGACUUCACUCCAUCUAUGAAGGUUGGCGACCACGUCUCGGGCGGUGACGUCUGGGGCAGCGUCUACGAGAACUCCUUCAUCACGAACCACAAGAUCCUGUUCCCGCCCCGUGCCCGGGGUACCAUCACCAAGAUCGCCGACAAGGGCAGCUACACGGUCGACGAGAAGAUCCUUGAGGUCGAGUUCGAUGGCAAGAAGACCGAGUACGGCAUGAUGCAGACAUGGCCGGUGCGCGUGCCCCGUCCAUCUACCGAGAAGAAAUCGGCCGAUGGCCCUUUUUUAGUUGGCCAACGGGUCCUGGAUGCUCUCUUCCCUUCCGUGCAGGGUGGGACUGUCGCCAUCCCUGGCGCCUUUGGCUGCGGCAAGACUGUCAUCUCGCAGUCCGUCUCCAAGUUCUCCAAUUCUGAUGUGAUCGUCUAUGUGGGCUGCUUCGCUGCCGGGACGCCUGUCAUGAUGGCCAACGGAACGACUCAGGCCAUUGAGACCAUCGCCGUCGGCGACCGAGUACUGGGCAAAGAUGGUGCUCCCCGCGAUGUCGUCGGACUCCCUCGUGGCGUUGAGACGAUGUACUCUGUCUCGACCAAGACGCUGCAUCAGAAGGAGAUUGUUAGAGAAGUCUCUUUCACUUGCAAUGCUUCUCACCUGCUUGUGGUGGCUACCCCUCAGCAUAUUCGCACCACCACGCACACUCUGCGUGGAAAGAAGCUCACAUCUGUGACCUACUUUGACUGGCACACCAUUCAGGACAUGUCUGGACCGCGUGGUCGAUCUAUCCGUCUUGUCAAGCUCUUCACCAGGUCCUGGGACCAUCUAACUCAUGGUGGUGAAGCUUCUGCGCAGGCCCUUGCCAAGGCCUUCUCGGACAGCGUCCAAACUGAGGACUUCACGUGGACGAUCCAGGCCCGUGAUGUUGCCUUGCUUGGGCCACAUGUCCGCAAAGCUACGCAGCAAUUCCUCCAUCCUGUGCAUGUCGAAGUCGAGCGUCUGUCCGCGAUGCUUGAAAAGAAUGGGCACAACGGGAGUCUGGCUGGUCAAAUGGCCUAUCUUUUGGGCUUCUGGGUUGGUGAUGGAUACUACGGCGGAACUAAAUUCUCCAUUGACCCCCGCGACACUGCUAUUAAGGACCAGAUCGAGCUGUAUGGUGCUUCAUUUGACCUCGAGGUCGACCACCGUGAGUACAAGAAUGGCAUCGGCGACAUGACUGUCAGCUUGCGCCCUACAACUACCUUUGUCGGUACUCCAAAGCGCAAAGCACUCAAUGUCGGCAACGUAUUCUGGCGUAUCAUCCAGGAGACAGGUGUACGUGGUCCUGAUGGUCAACACGCAAAGGCCAUCCCCGACUACCUGGCAUAUGAGUCCAUUGAAGUUCGUGAGCAUUUCCUCGCAGGACUCAUCGACUCUGACGGCCAUGUCAAACGCGACGAACCGAGCGCUACGAUCAAGACCAUCCAUGUUGCUAUUUGCGAUGGUAUCGUCAAGAUUGCGCGCUCCCUGGGCGUGCGCGUGUCUGUAACUGUCGAACAGGCCAAGGUUGUCAAAGGAGUCAACCACAAGAAAGCCUACGCCGUCUACAUGAGUGGCAGCGAUGGCAAUGGAGUUUUGGAGUCCAUUCUUAGCAAAUGCGCGUUGGAGCGUAAGAAGUUCCCUAUUCCUAUCCACGUUGAGCGUAAGCCUCAACCUGUUUAUUUUGAUAUCGACAAAAAGCCCGCUGCUGAGUACUACGGCAUCACUCUCGCCGACGACACCGAUCACCAAUUCCUGCUUGGCAACACCAUGCUCGUUCACAACUGCGGGGAACGAGGAAACGAGAUGGCAGAGGUUUUGAAGGACUUCCCAGAGCUCACGAUCGAGGUGGAGGGCCGGAGGGAGCCCAUCAUGAAGCGGACGACCCUGAUCGCCAACACCUCCAACAUGCCGGUCGCAGCCCGUGAGGCUUCCAUCUACACUGGUAUCACGGUCGCCGAGUACUUCCGUGACCAGGGCAUGGACGUCGCCAUGAUGGCUGACUCCUCGUCACGUUGGGCUGAGGCUCUGCGUGAGAUCUCAGGUCGUCUGGGAGAGAUGCCUGCUGAUCAGGGUUUCCCCGCCUAUCUGAGUGCCAAGCUGGCCUCCUUCUACGAACGUGCCGGCAAGGUCCAGUCUCUUGGCUCCCCUGAGCGUGAGGGUUCCGUCUCCAUUGUCGGUGCUGUGUCGCCCCCUGGUGGUGACUUCUCCGAUCCCGUCACCUCGUCCACCCUCGGUAUCGUGCAGGUCUUCUGGGGUCUCGACAAGAAGCUCGCCCAGCGGAAACAUUUCCCCUCCAUCAACACCUCCCUCUCAUACUCCAAGUACACGACCGUCUUGGACCGAUGGUAUGAGAAGGAGUACCCCGACUUCCCGCGCCUGCGUGACCGCAUCAAGCAGCUGCUGUCCGAUUCCGAAGAGCUCGACCAGGUCGUCCAGCUGGUCGGCAAGAGUGCCCUGAGUGAUCCCGACAAGAUCACCCUGGAUAUGUCAACCCUGCUGAAGGAGGACUUCCUGCAGCAGAACGGCUACUCCGACUACGACCAGUUCUGCCCCAUCUGGAAGACAGAGUGGAUGAUGAAGCUCAUGGUGGGCUUCCACGACGAGGCUCAGAAGGCCAUCGCGCAGGGCCAGAGCUGGGCCAAGGUGCGCGAGGCGACGCAGGACCUGCAGGCGCAGUUGAGGAGCUUGAAGUUCGAGCAGCCUAGCGACGGCCAGGAGGCCGUCAGCAAGAAGUACGAGGAGAUACAACAGACCAUGCUUGACAAGUUUGCCUCUGUCAUGGACGAUUAAGCUGGCCUGCAGGACCAUCAUGUCAACGACCUCGGGAGCGAGUGCUGGAUGUUUUGUAUGAAAAUAAGUACAAGGAGAGAAGCCCAAGCAAGCCGAAGCAGCUGCAGCGGAAGGCAGAUAGAGACGGGCGGGCAGAUAUCGAGCGAGGUCCAUGGGCGCGUUGUUUCUUUUCUGUAUUGUAUGCAUGACCCACCUCGAGCACAGAUAUAGAUACAUGACCUCUGGUGCAUAUUGUUUGAAUUGAGUUUCUUCUUUCC